GAAAGCCAAAAACUUUACCUCAUUACACAUGACAUGAGGGUGACAAGCUCACUUACUUUCUUAUAUACAUGGCUUGCAUUUGGAGAAGGAAUCUAGAAAGAAAAGGAGAAUUGGGAUAAGGAUUGAAGAUUGUAUAUAUGAGGGGCCGUUUAGAGAGAAUUAUGAUAUUUCUGUCUUUGUUUGAUGUUUUUUGUAACAUAUUUAUAAUGGAGGAAAAGCAUACUGAAUUAGAAAUUGAAUAUAAUUUGAGUAUGGCAAAAAAUAUCUAU